AUUUUAUUUAACUCACAUCUUUUUUUUUUCCAUCACAAAAAGUUUGCCAGCAAACUGAUAAUUUCUCACGGGAAGUUUUCACAAAAGUUUUUUUUUCCCACCUAAUAUAGUUUUUUACUAUCACCAAGUCCCUUUAAGGGCACCGGUAACUACAAAAUAAUAUAAAUAAUCUUAAUCAUUUAGACCCUAUAGAAAGAUUAAAAAGUGCAAUACAAAAAGUAGGCCUAGGUCACAUACUACAGGAUGUUUACAGUUUUUAAAACCAGUAGCAGAGCCCGUCUACGGCCAUAUUAGACAUUCUCUGCCAGUAGUCUGUAAUCGUUUUGCUUGCAUGUCAUUUUAGUAGCGACUCCUGCCAUCUACAGGAAACAUCGAGGCACUGCAGUUCUCUUAUGCUGCCUUCACGUGCUAUCGGAAAUGUCCUAUUUUCCACUUGUGAAGUCGUGAUUACGAUCUUGUCGUAAUCAAGUGCUUUGUUUUCGGAAAGAAUAAAAUGUAGCAUCCCAUGGAUGACAAUCAUAUAAACAUUCACCGCGCUACAUGUGCAGCUUGCUGACAAUUCAGGAAUUUCGGUCAAAUACAUGCUUAUUUUACUGCUUAUAAAACAUACAAUAUGCCUCAAAUGAUCGUUCAUAUAUAGUCUGAAAAUACACUACUUUAGCGACAAGACAAAGGGGCAACAAGAGGAUGUAGCUGUUGUGAGAACAGCACUGUUGUUACCUCCACAGUGUUUAAAGUUGAUGGCCGGCCCUCGGAAACUCUGGUGAAAGGCAGCUUUACAUCAGGGCUUCCCAACCCUGUUCCUCGAGAUUUACCUUCCUGCAGAGUUCAGUUUUACUUUUACUUACACACACACACACACACACACACACACACACACACACACACACACACACACACACACACACACACCACAGAGUUGGUUUUGUGGGGACUCUUCAAAGACCAUUUGUGAGCAGAAGUCACAGUUACACACUGCGCACUCAUUGUGGUGGCAGGAAAACAGUGGUAACAAGUGGAUGCAAAUGGACAAAAUCCAUGGAAUAAGAGAAAAAUGUCUUCUUGUGCCUUUGGAUCUCAAAAUCUGAAUGCAAAAAAAUAGAUUUUUAUAGAAUACCGUUGUCAAAGAUGCCCUAUGAAGCUAAACACAGCUGUUUAUGGCUGCAAGCCACAGACGGUGCUGAUGAAAUCUGAAUUAAGUCACUUUAACCAUUGUAUUUCUCCACUCUGCUCUUUCUGUUAAGAGGAAGAGGAUUCUAUUUCACAUUUAUUCUACUUUCGUUUUUAUUCUAAACCAUUCUGGCUUCAAAUAUCAGUUUCCUCACUUCCUGUAUUCCACCAGCUGUGUAAUAUUUCCAUAAGUGCUGAUGUAUCGUUAGAUGAUGUUUGAAGCUGAUGAUAUACAGGGAAACCUCUUUGAGCAAGGUUGUGGGCACUUUCCCGUUGAGUCUGGGUGCUUUAGAUCAGUCGAGGGCCCUGUGUCUCACCUGGUUGCCCGUUGACGACAACAUUGCUCAGAAGGUUGCCCCGUGUAUCAUCAGUCUUAAACUUUAUUUGUAUGAUGGGUAAAUAUCAUUUAAAGCAAAAUACCUUAAAUUUAAACCCAGCUGCACAGUAUUUGCUUCAGAUCUACAUUUAUUAUUGACUCACUGCAGAAAGUCUCCUCCUUAAUCUCAUUAAAAAAAAGGAAACCUGAACCUGACGUAAAAAAUAGGUCUAAAUAAGAUAUAACAUAUGCAAUCCAUAUGGGAAAUAAUGUAUAAAGUCAUAUUUUAAACCUAUAUUUUACAUAGAUGAUUUAAACAUAUAUAAUUUUAAUCUCCCAAUUCUUACUUUUUUCUCACAUUUGCAAUUUUACGUUCCCAGAUUCAGCAAAUUAUAACUCGCUAUUCCCAGUUUAGGCCAUUUCACAUUCAUGCACACAGUUCUGAUUUUUCUUCAGAACACUGAGAUGGCCUAUAAACUCGAAAUUGCAAGAAAAAGAAAAGUCUGACUUGUGAGAUAUAAACUGGAAAUUUCAUUUUUUUCUCUUUAAUUCCAUGGCUUCCAAAGACUGCAGCUGUCAUUUUCUCUGAUCAGUGCACUUUCUGCCACCCCCUACACUAACCCUAAAUCUGACCCAUCACAGAAAGAUUUCUGCGUUUUUAGAUUUAAAAACAAACAAACAAAAUAUUUUAUUAUGUUUUUUAAGCCAUUACACAGUGUCCUCGCAAACAUAGGCUAAUGUAACUUACAUCUGAAAUUGUCAAAUGAUUAUUUAUUAUUAUUAUUUAUUUAUUUUGUAUUCUUGUAUGACUCCUGAUACAUGAAAAUGUUUAGAAAGAAAGAAAGAAAGAAAGAAAGAAAGAAAGAAAGAAAAAGAAAGAAAGCAGAGAUGAAUGUCACUCUUUUCUGCCACUAUGAAUCACACAAGUUUGAUUACAUGCCAUUAACUGCAUGAUUUUUACAUUUCUGCCAUAUAGUCAUCCACUUGACAUAGUCACCACUGAUACGCUACUAAUAAAUAUAAUGUAGAAACUUUUCUGUAAAGCUGCUUUGCAACGAUUUAUAUCGUGAAAAGCGCUAAACACAAAUAAACUGCCUCGUGUUUGUAAGAUGCAGCGCCGCCUGUUGACCGUUAACUGUCUUAGAUACUGUUGCUAGCAACAGCCAACCCUCUCAAACGGAGGAAGACGACUGAACUCACCUGAAGAGUUAUAAAGGUAAGGUAAGACUUUAUUUACCCAGUUAGUUAGUUAGUUAGUGAGCACGACACAACAGUUUAAAUAGUGGUUAAAAAUGAAUCCCUUAGAAACGCAUUAGAAAUGCAUUUUAGUCACAGAAGUGUUAGGAAAGGGUACGGUGGCGUCUGAUAGGGAAAAUCUUUCUGUCACUUUCCUCGUCCUCUGCUUCAUAUUAAUUUAUAAACUUCUAAUUUAAAUGAUUGAUUUAUUAUUAUUAUUUAUUAUUAUUAUUGAAAGGCCUCGCACCACAGAAGACAGUCGCGUUGCUGGGCAGAUCAAAUCAUUUUACAAUCAAUGAAUCAAAUGUAAGUUACGAUACUUCAUGUGAAACAUUUUGUUGGUAGGCUACUGUAAAUAUUUGGGUUAGACCCACUGAUCUAUAUUAAUUCAUAUUACUUCUACCCCAUAUUUUCUAUCCACCUUUUUUUAACGUAGGCUACGUUUCAAGCGGAUGCGAAUUGUAACUUAGAAACACAGUUUAUAUAGGACUUGGUGACCGUGACGGUUUUUUGUCUGUUACUCGUUUUGUGUGUUUAUUAGCCUAUUCAUAAUUCAAAACUUCUGUUGUUAGCCCAGUGUUGCAUUCAUGAUGUCUGGCGGAGGGUCUCCGACCAAAGCUGGCUUUGACAGCAGUGUCGGUGAAAGUGACGAGACAGAUCUACAAAGAGUACACCGACUGCGGUUGGAGUUGCGCCGACUGGAAAGAAAUCGCGAGCUCUACUUGCAGGAAGAGGAAACGUCACGCAAACAGCGGCAAGAGAUUGCUGAGCUGCGUGCAGAACAAGAGUGGUUGCUGCGUGUGCACCGAGAGAGUGAAAGUCCGGCUGUUAAGGUUGUCAGUGCUCUGCUGAAGCAACGAGACAAGCUGGAUGAAGAAACUGAGAAAGAGAAACAGACCCAAGCAGAGCUGCAAAAAGAAAUCACGAUCAUGGAGAAAAAAGUGGUGCAAAUGAGAAGAGGACAGGCUUCCCAUAGUCACAAGUCUUAUACCCGUGACAUUCAGAAGGCCAUGCGCAGCACACAGAGCAAACUGGAUCGGUCUCAUGCUCACUUUAAUGAACAGAUGAAGAUAAACAGCCAGCUCAGGAAAGAUAUUGAGCUACUACACAUGCAGCGUACCCGAUUCCAGCAGCUGUAUCGCAAACUGGAGAAGGUACUACAAGACAUUCGUAAGGAUAUUGGUGAAGUUGUCGACAAAUCAGCCACAGCUUAUGAUGCGAAAGUGGAUGCUCAGACCAAAACAUCCAUGAUAAAGGAGAAGGCGGUGAAGGAUCUUGCACAGUACUCAGCUGAGAUGCAGGAGCUGGAGAGAGUCAUCGCUCAUGAACACCGACUCAGAGAGUUCAUGAGUACCAAGAAUAAUCAGAGAGUCUCCAUGGAUAACGGGAAGAGAACCAGACGCAGACAGGAGAUGAAGGAGCAGAGGAAGGCAGAUGGUGGAGAGGAGACACAUGACUCUCUGAAGAAGGCUUUCCAGCAGAUUCAGGAACUGACUGGAGAAGAUAAUAUGGGGAAGCUGGUUACAAAAUUCAUUCAGGGUGAAGAAAGGAACUUUGCUCUGUUUAACUACGUGAAUGAACAAAAUACAGAAGAUGAGAGACUGAGAGAGGAAAUCCAACAGAUUAGAAAAGAUACGGAGCAGCUGAACAUAAAAAGUCGUCAGCAGGAACAGGAAAGUCAGGUGGCUUUAAAACAGCUGAAGAAUCAACUGCAAGAGUGUAAGGCACAGACUCAAGAGUAUGAAGCCCAGGCUGAUCACAUCAGCAGGAUUCUUGAUCAGGUCAAAACAGGGUUAGACCGUAUAUUCAAAACGACUGACUGCAACCUAGGGCAGACGGGAGGCAUGCUGGGCUCUUCCUCUGGGAUCACAGACAGUAAUCUGAUGACGUACCUCGGCAUGGUGGAGCAGAAGGCCAGUGAGCUGCUCACCAUUCAAGCCUUCAUUAAAUCUAAGGACCCGGAGAACAGUUCUGACCUGGAAGCGGUUGCUCCAUUCCUGCUGGGUCAGAAACCAGACGUUCAGACACACAAAACAAUCGCUCAGCCACCCAUUACCAAGCGUGACUAUGAGGCAGAGGACACUUCUCUGAUAGAUGAGGCGGAUCGACCUUUGACCCGCGAAGAACUCCGUCAGAAGAUUAUGAAGAAGAGUGACCAGCAUAAAGACGGGUCUCCGCGUACAGCAGGGAGCAAAGAAGUGAAAACCCCUAAGAGCAGCACCAUGUCCAGCACCUCACUGGAGGCUUAAUCUGGUCUUCUGGUUAUUAUUUUAUUCUGUGCUCAGUCUCUACUAAAUAUUGUUAAUAGUAAUGAAUUGAUGGGGGAUAAAGAAGAAUCUUAAUGCUUGAAGGAUUUGUGUCUCUUUGACAUAAAUAGCAUAAAAUAAAAUGCAUUCUUAACUCAAUUCCUGUUUCCUUUAAAGACCUCAGAAUUGCAUAUUCUAUAGGAAUUCACCCAGAUUUUUUAGCCAGGAGAUUUUCUGCAGCUCAUCCUCUAGUAUGUCUUUUAUUUUUAUAUGCUAUGCAGUGUAUGUGUUCAACUGUUUCUGGUUCAUUACAUUUAAGUUUAGCUGUUUUGAAACUCGACCCCUUUUUAACUCUCUCCAUUUGUUGCAAAAAGUUUUAUGCACAUGGCCCACAGGGUUACCAUGGCAACUCCCCCAUUUUUAUCACAGCCAAAGCUCAAUUACUCAUACUAGCAACAGCUUGCGCUCACCCACUCACAAGGACCACCCACAC